CUUGGAGGCGGAGUCUGCCAAGCAAGAGAGAGAGAGAGAGAGAGGAGGAGGGGAAAAGGCAGAUGAUGAGGAAGGCUCCCAACGAGGAAAUCCCUGGCAAAAUCUCAUCAGUGUGCGCGCGGAUGCUCGAGCGACCAAAACGGCAGUUCCAUCCCAGAAAUCGGUGAAGGACCCAAGAAUCCAUCGGCCGCCCGGACGAUGGCCUUCGGACUUUGAUGCCGAGUCCUCAGAAGGAUGGAGAGAAAAAGGAAAACGGCGCCUCCGUUGGUCAUCCUCCUCUCUCUGCUCCUGCUGCCCACGUCUUCCACUCGGGACCUGAACGACUUGUACGGCGGUGGCGCGCAGCCGCGCUUGGUGUGCACCCCCAUUCCGCCGGACGCCGACCCCGCCUGCUUCCCCGCCGCCGACGCGGCCCGUCAAUCGAGCGCGCCUCCGGCCGGCUGGUGGGGUGCGAGCGGCGAGGCCAAGGCCGCCACGCUGCACCUGCGCGAGAGUCUGCUGCGACACAAGGAGACCAUCCUGGACCAGAGGGAGACCAUCCGAGAGCUGACCGCCAAGCUGGCCCUGUGCGAGGGCUUCGAGCGAGCGAGCGCGCCCUCGGACGGAGCCGACGAGGCAAAGCCCCGAGAGAAAGACGUCGUGGAGCACGUGAGCUCAUCGGAGCAGAUGGAGAGGAUGCUGCAGGCGCUCAAGGACAGGCUGGAAAACCUGCAGAAGAGGAACUCGUCCCUGACCUACUCGAGCUCCCUGGGAGAGCUUCUGCAGAGGAAGAUCGACACUCUGGAGGAGCAGCUGCACCCGCACGACCACCAGCGGCAACACCCGAACGACCGCAGCGGCGACAGCAACCACACCGGAUACUUUGAGGAGCACGGCGACGGAAGCCAUCGCGGGGACGAGGGCCUCGACGAAAGCCAUCACGGGGACGACGGCGGUCACGAUGACCUCGCGGGAGGAGGUCACCACGGCAACAAAUUGGACAACAUGCUCGACCAGCUUCACCUGGCAGGUUCGGCCCGGAAGAAGGAGGUCGGCGCCUUCCAGCUGAGCUUCCCCGUGCGCACCAGCUACAUGCACGCGCGCAUCAAGCGGACGCUGCCGCGCCAGAUCUUCGCGCUCACUUUGUGUCUGCGGAUCAAGGCCGGCGCCGGGCCCGCCAUGGGGACGCCGUUCUCCUACUCGGCACCGGGCCAGGCCAACCAAGUGGUGCUGAUCGAGUGGGGGGGCAAUCCCGUGGAGCUGCUGAUCGACGACCAGGCCGUGUCUUUGCCCGUGACGCUGAGUGACGGCAAGUGGCACCACGUCUGCGUGACGUGGUCCACGCGAGACGGCCACUGGGAGGCCUACAAAGACGGUGACCUGCAGGGGUCCGGCGAGGGUCUGGCCCCCUGGCAUCCCGUCAGAGCAGGAGGGGUCUUUGUCCUGGGACAGGAACAGGACACACUGGGUGGGCGUUUCGACGCCGCGCAGUCCUUUGUGGGGGAGCUGGCCGACGUGCAGAUGUGGUCCUCGGUCCUGAGCGGGGCCGACAUCCAGGGCCUGGCAUCGUGCCGCAACCACCUGGCCGGCGACGUCAUCUCGUGGUCCGACGCGGACGUGGAGCUGCACGGGGGUGUCUUGAGGCGCCCCUUCCAAACCUGUCACUGAAAAAGACUUGACGGUGACAAUACAAAACACUGUGAUG